CUGACUUCCGCAAAAAAAGAAGAAGAGGAAAUCUGACGUUAGACGUCCCAAGAGAAAACAGAGCGAGCGUUAGUUAGGCGGGGAUGGGGUGGGGGGGACGACGACAUCAGGGACUCGCACUGCAGUAUCUCACACGUUCUCCCACCCGCACAUAGUUCUAUGUUUUUAUCCUCCGUUAGAGACGCUAUGACGAGGAAAAACGUAAUGCCGCAAGCCAUGGAAAGGUGAAAUCUGAGCGGAUCAUAAACUUGGAUCCAAACCGCUGGUUACACUCAACGGGACCGUUAGUUUUUUUUUUAGCUAGUUAGCUAGCUCGGUGGAACCUGGACGACUUAUUGUGUGUGGGGGGAAAACAACAACAUUUUUUCACGCUUCACGACGAGAAAGAAACACCCAAAGAUGCUGUCGGGGGUGAGCGAGUGGUUCUGGCAGGAGCGCCUGUGGUUUCCCAAGGGCCUGGGCUGGGAUGACCUGCGAGAUCGGGAUGGACGGGUUUACGCCAAAGCCCAGGACCUGUGGGUGGCGCUGCCCAUCGCUCUUGUGUUCCUCAUCAUCCGUCAGAUCUUUGAAAGGACAGUUGCUACACCCCUGGCUUCUCUGCUUGGGGUAAAAGAGACUGUGCGGCUCAAAGUCCCUCACAACCCCACGCUGGAUUCCUACUACUGCAACGUUAGCAAAAACCCCACACAGACUUCAAUAGCAAGUCUUUGCCAGCAGACCGGCUGUUCGGGGAGACAAGUGCAGCGAUGGUUCAGGAGACGAAGGAACCAGGACAGGCCGAGUUUGCUCAAAAAGUUCAACGAGGCCAGUUGGAGAUUUACCUUUUACCUUCUUGCUUUCAUUGCUGGCUUGGCCGCGCUCAUCGAUAAACCUUGGCUGUAUGACCUGAAGGAGAUGUGGCAAGAUUUCCCCGUGCUGACUCUCCUGCCGUCUCAGUAUUGGUACUACAUGAUUGAGCUGGGUUUCUACAGCGCUCUGCUCUUCAGUGUGGCUUCUGAUGUGAAACGCAAAGACUUCAAGGAGCAGAUUGUUCACCAUGUGGCCACCAUCCUCCUCAUCAGCUUCUCCUGGUGCGUUAACUACAUCCGUGCUGGAACUCUCAUCAUGCUGGUGCACGACUCCUCCGAUUACUUUCUCGAGUCUGCCAAGAUGUUCAACUAUGCUGGGUGGCGAAAUGCCUGUAACUACAUCUUCAUCGUAUUUGCUGCAAUCUUCAUCAUCACUCGACUGGUCAUCUUCCCCUUCUGGAUUAUUUACUGUACUUGGGUUUACCCGGUGACCAUCUAUGAACCCUUCUUUGGCUACUACUUUUUCAACGGACUUUUGAUGACCCUGCAGUGUCUCCAUAUCUUUUGGGCCGUCCUCAUUAUACGCAUAGCAAUCCGCUUCCUCACCCACAAUGAAAAAGUGGACGAUGAAAGGAGUGACAGAGAUGAAACCGAUGAAUCAGAAGAGGGGGAGGAAGAGGAGGAUACAAAGGAAAUGAAGAAAAAUGGGCCAGUGCAGAACGGUCACACGGUCCACAACAACAACCACAGCAAGACAGAGUGAAAACAAACAAGUGUCGGAAACGAACGAAUGUGGGAAGGACUCAUAUCCCUCGGCAGGGGAGCUGGAGGGAGGGAUGAAGAGGGAGAGAAAGUAGAAAGGAUUAUGGUUUAGGAAAGCGGAGGUUCAUUCCCCUAAAGCCAAGAACAGCAGGCGUCCUGAGGAAAUUUUACACUGUUACUUUUGCACAACAACAAAAAAACACACACCCAUUUGUCAUUUGAGAGGUCCGACAUGAGUCACAAUUCAUUGGGUGGCAUUGGCUUUUUAGCCUUUUCCUGAAAGAAAAAUGUGUUGGAAAUAUAUGAUGUCCAGUUCAAAAAUGUCAAAGAGACGGGAGAAAAUGGAAGGGUGUGGGUGCUUCUUCUUAGCUUUCCUUGUUCUAUGUGCCUUAGAGCCAACUAAUGGCUGUUAAAAUGCCAUUUAAAAAGGAAGCUUUCUGCUUUAAUCUUGUGUUGCUUUUAUGUUUUCUUAUAGAAGAACAAAACUGAGUGAAAUUGAGUUUUCAGCAAAUCGAGACAAUAGGGCAUUGAAUUCCCUAAUUUUAGUCUAUGCAAUUAUGUAAGUGUCCAUUUUUUGCAACGUCUUGCACAAACAUACGGUAUCUCUUAAAUACUGUAACAGCGUGCAGUGGGACCCCAAUGUGGCCUGUGCCAUUUAUAGAGAGACGUCUGAACGGCAAAGAUUAUCAUUCUCAGUCCUUUGCUGUUCGAUCAGUCUCAAAUACCCAUAAACAAGUGCUUGGCACAAAAAAAAAACUAUGUAGUAAAUACAAUCCUCAGCUGCCUGCUAGGUUUUGACAGAGCUGAAUGUUUUUCUUCUCUGGUUUGGCUGAAACUGUUCAAGUGGAGUCAAGACUCGCUGAUGCUGCCACCGCCUGUAAACCAAUGACCCUCAAUAUGAUCAUCGCGCAGGUGGGGUUGCUCUACUGGAAUGGGAUGGAUUAACCAUUUCAAUAUUUCAUAAAUUAGGGGCCAGAUUUUUUGAAUUCACUGCCUUGUAGCCCGGGUUAUGUCUGUCAACCCGGGUUAGAAUUUUAAAUGUAGAUCUAAGUGAGUGACUUUAGGUAUGAGUGUGUUUAUGAAACUGGUUUUGUAAGAUAUUGAAAUCCUUUUCUUUCAGUUCAGUGUUUGACAUGUGUGAGGAUUCAAGAAACGAAUGCUGCUGUUCUUUUAUGCUUUAAAGUGGUUUGUAUGUAAAGUGCCUUAUAUGUAAAGUAUAGGAAGCUCUCCUGUCUUCACGGCCGCUCAGUUUCUUCCCUGUCUCCACCUCACAGAUCUAACUGUAACACGGAUAUAACCUCCCUCCACUGUCGCAUCCAUCACUCACUCCUCUCCUGGAGAGAUUACCUCCCUUUCAAACUCACCGUCAUUCCAUCACGUUGUUUUUUACUAACCCAGACCAACCAGCAACCUCUCCUCCCCAGCGAUACAGAAGAAACAGCUGUGUCCUAAUUACAGUGUUAUUUUUUUCCUUUUUUUUUGUUUAACGAUGCCGAAGAAGUGUUGCUGUUAAUAAUAAAAGCAGAGGUCGUAAAUCACAAUGAAAGCACCUUUUAACCAUUGAGUCUGCAAACUUCAAGAUUUUAACUUCCGAUAAAUAAAUAAAAAAUAAACAUUAAAUAUGA